AUGUCAGGCCUCGUUUCUGACGAAGUUGCGGAGGACUAUAAGAACUCCCUGGAAGACCUCACAUCGAAUGACAAGUUCCAAAUAAGCAAUUUGACCGUUAUUGCAAAGGAGAACACUGAACAUGCCAUGGCCAUCUCCCGAGUGCUGGAGAAUCACAUACGAAACACACCACCAUCUCAAAAGUUACCAGCUCUCUAUGUAGUGGACUCAGUUGUGAAGAAUGUAGGGACUCCUUACACGCUGUUCCUGGGCCGCAACUUAUAUCAAACAUUCAUGAACGCCUAUACUCUCGUUGACUCGCAGACUCGCAAGAAGUUAGACGAGAUGCUUAAGACAUGGAAAGAACCUGUCCCUGGUUCUUUGGAUCCCAGGCCUGUCUUCCCAGCUGAGAUUACUCGGAAUAUCGAGAAUGCUCUGAUCAAAGCUAGGACAGCAGCCCUUCAGCAACAACAGUCCAGAAGCCAGCAGGAAGCCAUGAGCCUCGGUAGGGGUAUAGGUACACCGCCGCCAAUAUGGAGAAAUACCCCUACACCACCCCAGGGUGGCCCCAGAUACCCUCCUGGAUACGGUUAUAAUAACCAACAAAUGCCGAGCAACGGCCAUGGAUAUCCCAAUCAACCACUAUAUAACCAACCACCACAGGAACCAAUCAACCUAGCCUCCUUACAUCGUGACGUUGACUCGUUGAUAAUGAGUGUACGGCUCGAGUUCACUGCUAACCCACUUAACACCGCAGUUCAGCAAAAGCUCAAGGCCCUUUUAGAUUUACAGAACAUUCUACAACAGCAACGGUUACCGGAUGCACAGCUAAAACAGAUCCGUGACCAGGUAUCUCAGCUUUCUGCCUCCAGCGCAAAGCCAACACCACCGCCCCCUGCACCUGCUGCUUUGCCUGCUCAUAUCUCAAAUCCCCCCGUCUCUACACCUCCUAUAGGGACAGUACCUGCCCAGGCACCGCAACCAAACCUCCAAGCUUUACUGAACCCAAACACUCUUGCAGAACUUAUCAAGGCAACCGCACAGAAGCCUACUCCAACCCAGCAAACUCAACCAUAUACCCAACCGGCUGCUCCUACUCCAUCACUUGCAGCAGCCGUACAACCACCUGUAUCCCUAGCCGAAAGUCCCUUGAUAGCGUCAUUGAGAGCUCGUGGCCUUCUACCUCCUGCUACGGGAACUCCUACAACCACACCGCCUAAUCUCCCUUUCAUCAUUCCAGGCCAACCACCUUAUGCUCCAGUGCCUGCCAACACAAAUUCUCAAGGUGUCAAGAUUAAAGUUCCAAUGACCUCUGCUUCGAUACGAAUACUGGCACUUCAAAACAAAUCUACGGAUAAACGAGGCAGCCAAGAGAAGUCAGAACAGAAGCUGGUAUCUCGACGAGCGCGUAAGUUUUAUGCAGUCAGCUUGGACUGGAUAAAAUUCAGAGAAUUUGAAGAUGACAUUGGUGCCGACGAUGCAUCCGUCGCUGCCAGAAAAUCCAACAACGAAGAUGCAUCAGGUAAGAAGGCAGAACAGCAAAGAUGGAUCCACGCUCCCAAUGAUGCCACGCUUCGCAAUACUCCCUGCCCAAUAUGUCAGGAGAACUUUGAGUCCACUUGGUUUGAAGAAGCGCAAGAUUGGAUAUGGAGAGAUGCUAUUAAAGUUGGAAAUCGCAUAUAUCACGCCAGUUGCUAUGCAGAGGUCACAAAAGAUGGCAGCACAGGUGCAAAUGCCGAUAUAUCGCGGGGCCGAACCAGUACGCCGGAUUCUGUUCUCGGCAAACGAAAAGCAGAGGUGAGCAUAUUCUCUUGA